AUUCGAUUCAGUUCAAAAGAAUCGGCUCAGUAAAUUGAAUCAAACUUCACAGCAUUGUGUAUAACUAAUUGGAGCUUUCGCAUUUUUGUAAACUUAUUCAUGGUUAAGCUCAGGUAACUAUUCCCUUCCGACCUGGUAUUCCUACAAUAUUUCUCCAAACAUUUUUAUGAUAGAAAGUUAGAAUUUUAGAAGGAUUUAAGAAAUGUAGAAGGAUAUCGACAGUUGUCUUCCAAUUUUUCCAGUUACAGUGUAAUGAUUACCCCAUGCCUUGGAGUUAAAUUACUAUCAGCUCUUCAUCUGACCUUUCCCUUAAUUUCACAGCUCGGUUAAUUCCCCUGCUGUCCUCACUAUUAUUAAUUUCUUGUGACAUUGUUUGCCUUACCUCAUCCUCGGACCUCCAGCCCCCUCUUCACUGCCGAGGGACAGAAAAGUUGGGUGAAGAAGAGAGUGCUGGAGGUGUAUCAGUGUUAAACAGCUAAUUUUCUUAAUUUAUCGUAGCAUUACAGGGUUCCAGCUCGUCGUGUUGCUCGGAGAAAGUUUGCACAGUGAUCAUAUACUUUCUAACUGCCAGGAAUAACCACAGAGGAUUACAUUAUCACAUGUUUUACAUUUAAACUGCUCUUAUAAACUCCUUUUUAAGGUCAGCAAAUUAAAAUGCGACUGUUUGCACUUGUGCUAAUAUUCUUCUUCUCCACUCGAACCUGCACCGGGGACGUUAAAAGCUGCCCUAAUGGCUGUGAAUGCACGGACUGGAAAGGUUAUUAUGUUUCGUGUACAGAUAUAGCCACCUUGCCUAUAUUUCCUGGAAACACGGAGACACUACGUCUCUAUGAAACAAGACUAAGCUCUGUUCCUCAAGAUGCAUUUGUCAACAUGGUGAACAUUUCAUUAAUUUAUCUCUCAGUUGAUGUCACAUUAAGAAGUUUAGAGAAGCAUUCAUUUUUCAACCUGAAGAAGAUUACACAUGUAGAAAUAAGAAACACCAGAAGUCUGAUGUCUAUCGAUCCUGAAGCUUUCAAGGAUCUACCAAAGUUAAAAUACUUAGGUUUGUUCAAUACUGGUCUCACCAUCUUUCCUGCACUGACGAGGAUCCACUCUGAUGAAUCAACUUUUAUGCUAGAAAUUACUGACAAUCUUUACAUCACUGAAAUUCCUGCAAAUGCAUUCCAAGGCAUUACCAAAGAUGCGCUAACGGUGAUGUUAUACAGUAAUGGCUUUACUAAAAUCCAGCACCAUGCCUUCAAUGGGACAAAACUAGAUGCUAUAUAUCUUCACCGAAACAAAGAACUUACAGAACUGAGUGAAGACAUGUUCACAGAAACCAUUAGUGGUCCAGUGCUGCUUGAUGUUUCAGACUCAGGAGUUACCUCCCUUCCAGCAACAGGACUGGAGUCACUCCGGGAACUCAGCGCUCGGAAUGUUUGGGCCCUUAAAAAGCUUCCAUCAGUCAAAACCUUCAGACAUCUGAUUGGUGCUGAUAUGACUUAUCCUAGUCACUGCUGUGCAUUCAAGAACCUUAAGAAAAAGAAAGGGUACCUGGAUUACAUCAUUUGUAACUUGACUGCAAUGCGUGGCCAACACUAUGAACGAUCAGUAGGCAGAAAUACCGUUCCAGCUGUCAUGGAUGGUACAGACAAAGGCAUUGACAUGAGUGACCCACUACUUGGUAAUACCUAUGGCCACCAUGACUUCCUAAGUAGCCUACAUUAUCAUGAAUUUCUUGGUGGGCAUGCUGACCACGAUAUGGGAUUUGGGGACACACUGAAGAAUCCCCAGAUAGCCACCAGCCAGGACUUUGAUAGUCAUUAUGACUAUGUUGUAUGUGAGGAUGGAGAGGCUGUGACAUGUGCCCCAGCUCCUGAUGACUUCAACCCCUGUGAGGACAUCAUGGGUUUCAGCUUCCUGAGAGUGUCUGUUUGGUUUGUCAGUUUGUUGGCUGUACUUGGAAACAUGGUAGUGCUCUUUGUGCUGCUCACCAGUCAUUACAAACUAUCCGUCUCCCGGUUCCUUAUGUGCCAUCUGGCCAUUGCUGAUUUGUGUAUGGGUAUCUAUCUGCUUCUCAUUGCCUCAGUUGACCUUUAUACGCAGUCAGAAUACUAUAAUCAUGCCAUAGACUGGCAGACAGGACCAUGGUGCACCCUCGCUGGAUUUAUUUCCAUCUUUGCAACUGAGUUGUCAGUUUACACAUUGACCACUAUCACUUUGGAGCGCUGGCAUGCCAUCAAUUUUGCAAUGCAAUUAGAUCGUAAGCUGCGUUUGUCCCAUGCCUCUGCUGUCAUGCUUGGGGGUUGGCUGUUAUGCCUCCUGCUUGCCCUUAUGCCUGUGUUGGGAGUGAGCAGUUACCAAAAGGUCAGUAUAUGCUUGCCCAUGAGCACUCAGAACCUGUUGGACCAGGUCUACAUUUUAUUUAUAUUAGUCAUCAAUAUUGUGGCCUUUGUGGCCAUCUGUGCCUGCUACAUUAAAAUCUACUGUGCAGUGCACAACCCCAAUUAUACAUCAUCCAGAAAAGAUAGCAGCAUUGCUAAGCGCAUGGCUGUGCUAAUUUUCACAAACUUUCUCUGCAUAGCACCAAUCUCCUUCUAUGCCAUCUCAGCUGCGCUGGAUCAUCCACUCAUAACCAUUUCAAACUCCAAGAUCCUGCUGGUGCUUUUCUACCCACUGAACUCCUGCGCUAAUCCUUUUCUCUAUGCCAUAUUUACAAAGGCCUUUCAGGGCGAUGUAUUUAUCUUGCUCAGCAAGAUUGGCCUGUGUGAACAGCAGGCCAAACUGUUCCGAGGCCAAACCAUCUCCACAAGAGCAAGUAGUGGAGACACAAACAGGCGUGGAAUAAAAACAAAAAUCCUAACCCGAUGGAAUGUUCAAGCCACUGCUACCUGUCAUCAAUCCAGUGUCAACAAGGACAAUAAUACAUCAAGAGGCAGGAAAUGUGAACCUACUGCUAAUAAAUCCAAGCACAUUCAAGGGAUGAACUCAGCUAUGGUAUUUUAUUGAACCAAUUGUUUACUUAUAUAAAUCUGGGUUUUUUUUGUUUGUUUGUUGUUUUUUUUUGGAGCAGAUAGUGUGAUUAAAAUUAUGUACACACAUGUAAUUACUGUUGUAUGCACUUGCAUUGCUUUGGGGUGAAAAAAAAUUAGAAAUUAAAUGAGUUUCACUUAAAUGGGGUAACCCAAGGUAAGAAAGUGGUAUUUUUGCAUAACUGUAUUAUGACCCUCCUCCCCCAAAAGGCCACAUCUUAACUCAUGCUGUAAAUGUGCAGCAGUUUCAGUAUACAAGGCACAUAUAUUGAUAAUGGCAGUUGAUGGAUAUGAUUACAAACAACAGGCAAAAAAAUACCAGGCAUUUUUUUUGAUAAACCCAGGAAAUCUAUGUAAUUGUAAGCUAAAUGCGUGCUAUGUACUUGUAUGAUAACAUUUGCAGAACUAAAAACAAUGUAAGACAGAUAUAUGUUAUUUUGGUGAUGCCCCAUUAUCUCAGUGUACAGGAAAAAAUGAAGAGUGAGAUGGAGGUAGAAUAAUAUGAUUGGCUGUAGAAAUAUUGUUUACCUCAUUCUACAAUUUAUAUUCCAUGUCACCCAGCCCAGUGUAUUUAGUUUGGUCAUAGCACAUGUCUAUAUGAACAUAAAAUUACUUUUCCUUCUUAUAUAUUAUUAUGUCCUUGAGACAUGCAGUAGGGACUACAUUUAUAGAACUGCUUGAUAAACAAAAAUUCUUUUUUCCAAGAGACAAUUUCUUGGCAGUGUGAGGGGAAAUUACUCAUUUUUACUUUGUAAUAAGUUUGUUCUUGUUUUGUUUCAUUCUCAUGUGAGGAUAACGCCUAAGAAGGCCAUGUCACUGAGAUCAGUACAGAAUGUUUAUCUGCUUACAGAGACACAAACAUGUUCUUCUGUUCAAGGUUCGUUUAAACAUCUUCCAAGAUCAUAAAACAAAGCCUGUUUGAACUGCCUCAAACUGCUUCUUAUCGGUACACAGAAUUAUAUCAUGCUCUGCUUUUCAUAUAUAUAGUAGUGGUUUAGUACAAGGGCUUCAGAGCACUCUCAUUAUUCUAUCCUGCUUUAUUCUAUCCUGUAUUAACCAUCUUUCUGUAAUAAACAUUUUUACCUUCAGAGGACGAGUCUGCGAGUGAUGUCUAAUUUCCAUGUCAAUUUGGGGUCUCCUGGCUGGGCUGUGCGAGUUUUUUCAGCUUUUCUGGACAACAAGCAAACCGGAGGACACCCGUGGAAAAGUUUUUACCCUGAACCCCAUGUUGAUAUAGGCGGUUUGCCCUUUGUUGUGCAGAGCGAAAGACCGACGCAGCCUUACCACUGACCUGUAGAAAUCACCAAGAAACAGCCUAAAGGUAAAUUUGAAUUUUAUAAAGUCAUUGUGUAUUGCUGUCUGUAAGGAAGGGAGUCAAUGAUAUAAGAAAUGCGCGUAUUACAUGGAGGCGAUUUCUUAUAAAAAGUUUGAGGAACUUCGCCUCUGCGACAACAGAGAUAUUGGU